UAUUCUUCUGCCAUAUGAUAUGGACUCUUUACACUAUCACACUUAACCCUUCUCUAUUUUACAAAAGUUCCAACACAAAUCCAAUCCCAACUCUCCCAUGGCUUCUGUUCCAAUUCAUUCCAGUUUCAGAAGAGGCUCUUUGAUAUUUGCCGUUUUCCUCAUGCUUUGCGUGGUUGUUCCAUUGGGCAUUUCGUCGAACAUGUGGACCGUGCCCAAGUAUGAUGCCGGUUCUCCUACAAUUUACUCGAUCGAGGUUGUCAAUGAGUUCCCUCAUGACCCACAAGCAUUUACUCAGGGGCUUCUCUAUGCUGGCAAUGACACCCUGUUUGAGUCAACUGGCAUGUAUGGUAAGUCAUCUGUGCGAAAGGUUGCUCUUCAAACUGGGAAGGUCGAGGUUCUUCAACAGAUGGAUAGUUCCUAUUUUGGUGAGGGUCUGACUCUAAUUGGCCAAAGGCUGUUCCAAGUAACUUGGUUGACAGAAACUGGUUUCAUAUAUAACCGUUAUAAUCUAAGCAAAUUCAAGAAAUUUACUCAUCAAAUGAAAGAUGGUUGGGGACUCGCAACUGAUGACAAAGUGUUGAUUGGAAGUGAUGGGACGUCAACAUUGUACAAGAUUGACCCUCGAACACUGAAAGUCAUAAGUAAAAAGAUCGUCAAAUUCAAUGGUGAUGAAGUACAUAAUAUUAAUGAGCUGGAGUUUAUAAAUGAUGAAGUUUGGGCAAACGUUUGGGGAACAGACUGCAUAGCUAGAAUCUCGUAUGGGGAUGGUAGUGUGCUUGGAUGGAUUCUCCUUCCAAAGCUGAGGGAGGAGCUGAUACGUGCUGGGAAUCAGGAUAUAGAUGUUCUAAAUGGCAUUGCUUGGGAUAGGAACAAAAACCGCAUUUUUGUGACUGGAAAGCUAUGGCCGAAGCUUUAUGAGAUCAAACUGCAGCCAAUAAAGGACCAACUUAGUCCAGGGGCCGUUGAGCAGAUGUGCAUGCUGCCUCCACACAAUUUUCGGAGGCCGUAGACAUUUGUCCAAAGAUUUUGUUAUAUCCAUCAUUGCCAAGAGCAGGACAGGCUUCUAUAGUCUAGUUUCUGUAUUACAUUAUUACAUCCAGCAAAGUAUGGAGAAAUUGCACUCGGUUGCUCUAGUAGUGGCUGAUAUUUUGUAAAAGUCCCAUACUAAAUAGGAGCAUUACUUGAUUGUACAAACUAAUAAUUUUAAGUUGUAUUGGGACACUGGAUGGCCUUAGCAGAGCUACAUCUCCAUCUUUGGCUUGCUAUUCUAUGAUUAAAUUUCACAUUUAUU